ACUGACUAGUAACCUCGGCUUCGGCGAGCAUAAAAGGUCAGUUAGUUCAGAUUGCUAUACACAGACACAGAUACUCGGCUCGGUGUUCUCACGCGGGCUUCGCUACUCUGACAGAUAUAUAAACCCAGGCCAGAAUGUCCACGCACUUCAUGUACUCCACCUCCAACCAAUUCCGUCCAAGGAGUACCUCACUCCUCUCUUGACCCGUCUCUUCCCAGUACUUGACAGCAUUCAGACCAAUCUCAGGAUGAAAGUAUUUCUCACCGGUGCUAGCGGCUACAUUGGUUCCCAUGUGACUGCUCUUCUUCUCGAGGCAGGGCACCAGCUCACAGCUAUCGCGCGGUCCGAUGCCUCCGCCAAGAAACUUGAGCGUCAAGGCGUCACCGUCAUUCUCGCGUCUCUCGAAGACACUGAAGUCCUUACAAAAGCGGCUUCUGAGGCGGACGCCGUUAUUCACUUGGCUUAUAUCCACGACUUCUCCGAUUAUGGAGGUAAACCUGCGCAAAUCGACUACGCAGCUAUCCGAGCACUUGCCUCCGGUCUCAAAGGUACCAACAAGCCCCUAGUCACCACUUCUGGGAUUCCUAGCCCCGGCAUCAGGAUCUGCACCGAACUCGACGUCGGCAAGUACGGCCCUCGUGCUGAAGCCGAAAAUGUUCUUUUCGAGUAUACGUCCCAAGGCGUCCGUACUGCUGUCAUCCGGCUUCCUUUCACUGUCCACGGCGAUUUCGACAAGGGGUUCAUCCCUCUUAUCAUCGACCAAUCCCGCCAGAAGGGUGUUGCUGCCUACGUUGGUAAAGGAGACAAUCACUGGCCUGCAGUACACGUCAAGGAUGCUGCCCAACUCUAUAAGGCCGUCAUUGAGAGUAAGACCUUGGAAGGUGGUAAGAUCCUGCAUGGUGUCCAAGACGAGGGUAUUCCGUUUAAGCAGAUUGCGGAGAUCAUUGGUAAGAAGCUUGGCGUUGAGACAAAGAGUGUGGCAGACGAAAAAGUUGGGGAGUAUUAUAGUUGGCUUGGGAUGUUUGUAAAAAUGGACUUUAUCGGUAGCUCCAAAUUGACUAGAGAAUGGUUGGGCUGGGAGCCGAAGGAGCAGGGCUUGUUGGCUGAUUUAGAAAGUAGCCAGACUUACUUCAAAGAGUAGAUUGGAAACUUCCGUGAUGCAAGUGUGACUGUCA